UUGGCACACAGACUGAAAAAGGUACUGGGACGGGUCAUUCAUCCAGACCAAACUGUACUAUACUCGGGAGGAGUAUACAUGACAAUUGUGUCUCUGUGCGAGAUGUCAUUCAUUUUUGCGAGAAGACAAGCCAAGACGCAGCAAUACUAUCUCUAGACCAAAUGAAGGCUUUCGAUUGUGUCCGUUGGAAAUACCUUGCAAAAAGUUUAUUGAUCUUCGGUUUUGGCGAAGCUUUUUGUAGUUGGAUAAAACUCCUGUAUGACGAUAUUGGUAGCCACAUUAUUGUUAUUGGACGGUUGACUAGUCGUAUUAAGCUGGGAAGAGGAGUUUGUCGAGGGUGUCCUCUAUCUCCAAUGUUAUAUGUCCUGAGUUUGGAACCUCUGGCGGCUGCUAUUCGACGAAACCCUUCUAUACGAGGAAUUCCAACCUUUAGUGAUGCGGAUCGUGAGACGAUACAGUUAACUUGCUAUGCGGACGAUAUGACAUCGUUUGUCUGCGAUGACGUAUCCUUUGGUGAAUUAGACAAACAGUUGUCACUUUAUGAAGAAGCUAGCGGGGCCAAGCUCAAUAGGCUUAAAUCUGUUGGACUAUGGCUUGGGCAAUGCGCUAACAGAACGGACAGUCCAUUAGAAAUCAAAUGGCAAACUACUAAACUAAAGAUUAUAGGUCUGUUCUACUGUCCGUCUUACUACGAUUCAGUGAGGAAAAACUGGUCGGUCGCAAUCCAGAAAUUACAAAAUUAUCUUCAGAAGUGGACCAGACGGGACCUAUCAAUAUUUGGCAGAGCAAAGGUCCUCAACUUGCACGCUCUGACAAAAAUUACUAUCCGGCACAUUCUUUCACUAUGCCCGAAACCACACGUGGUGAAGUAGAAGACACUAUAUGGAGUUUUCUCUGAAGAGGAGGCUCCCCAGCAGUUAGACGAUCAGUAUGUAUAUCGGGAAUAAAAUGCGGAGGCUUGAAUAUGCCACACCUACCCUCUAGAAUAGCGGCGAUACACCUACAAACUCUCAGACGCCUUCUCGAACUAGCAAACAGAGCAGCAUGGAAAUGUUUAGCGAAAGAAGAUCGGAAUGUAGCAAGUGGUCAGUACAAUAUGGGAUUGGCAAUUUUUGCAGCCUCUGGAUGGAAAUACGACCCUAGGAACAUAGCAAAAGUAUCACCUUUCUUUAGACAACUGUUACGCUUGUGGCAACGCCACACUGGCGGACGCCAACCAGUUCCACCGAUAACCUACGAUGACUGUUGCUCUGAGCAUUUGUGGGGUAAUCCUCUCAUUACUAACGAUCAAGGUUUGCCUUUGUACACUCCUUCUUUGGCAAAAUGCCACUACAGCACAGUUGGAGAUGUUUACUGCAGACUACCUCCCAACCCAAAGACUAAGCAGCAAAAUUAUACACAGAAGUUGUGAAGGCGAUUCCAGAACACUGGAACCAGCUUCCACUGCGAGAAGGUCAGCUUGUAAACAAACAAGCACACUGGGUCAAUGAUCUCUGUCUCUUUAAUGGUUUGGACCAACUAAUACCACUGAAGGAUGCAGUCACUCGUACGGUGUAUCACAGAUUAGUGUCGGCAUACGUAGAAACACCAAUCGGGGAAAAAGCUUGGGAAGACAAUUUCCCUAAUAAACUUUUAUUUAAAAAUGGCAAAUUCUGUGGAAAUUACAUCAAAACUGUUUUCUUGCCACUGUCAACAAAGACAUUCUUUGGAGACUACUUCAUAGAGUGCUUCCAACUCAAGCAAAUCUCUACAGGUGGGCACUUGAUAUUUCGUCAACUUGUCUAGCUUGUCAUGCACAGGAAGACACAAUGGAACAUGCUUUUGGCACGUGCAUCAUAUGGAAAACCGUUUCAUGCAGCGCUUUGACUUUGCUGGAAACCAGCGACAUUAUGACUUUUGUGAAUCACAACAGUCAUAUCCUCAAUCUACUGCUCCACAAGGGAAAAGUGCAAAAAUAUUUUGUAAUUCUCAUAACAACAUUCUGGACACAAAGGAGAAAACUGCCACCGCGAGCCAUUAUGGCCUGCUUUAAGUGGAAACUUAAUUAAACAAAACAUUAGACUGGAUUGGACUUGUGGGCGGAGGGUACUGCAAGAUUUCCAUGAUUUUUGGACCCCUCUGGCACGGGUUGCAGGGGGCACGGGUUGCAGGGGGCACGGGUUGCAGGGGGCACGCUGGAAAUUAGUAGUGUACUACUUUAAGUCUUGGCUUCAUUGGUAAACGUGUUGUGUGA